UAUUUUCUUGUACUAUUAAUCUCUCUCUUCAUUUUCCUUUUAUUCACUUCGUAUUUCACUUCCCCUGUUUUUUUUUGUAAAUUUGAGAUGAUCAAAGUUGGACCAGUGGGAAGCAAUGUUGGUUCCAUAUGGGAAGAAAAUGGACGAAGUGAAGUUGCUGGUAUUUUUGUUUCUUUCACCGAAAACACAAUUCAGUCGCUUCAGUUUCUGUUUUAUGAGAAUGGCAAUUAUGUUCAGUCAAAUAAGCAUGGCAGUGACCACUCUGAAAACUUUUGUGCGCUUCUGUUUGAUUAUCCAUCAGAGUUUCUUACUUCGAUAAGUGGUUCGUAUAUUGGCGAUGGGUAUUUAUCAACAGGUUUAGAUGCUAUUAAAUUUAAUACCAACAAGGGUUGUUACGGACCAUUUGGGCGUACAGAGCCUACAAGUAGUAGCAAGCGAUUCAACUUUGAAUUACGAAAUCAUCGUCUUUUCGGUGGUUUUCAUGGAACCAUGAGUCGUCAUGCUGUUGAGAGUAUUGGGAUUUAUGUUAAGCCAGUCAUAUCCUCCAUGAAUAACUUGAAAGGAUCUCUUCGAGUUAAGGCUGAAAAAUGAUUGUAGUUCCGUUUUACUUUUACCCUAUGCUUGCUGCUGGCUUAUUAUGUAAUGUUUUAUCAUUUAUAUAUGCUGUGUUGUAAAAUAAAUUCCUCGUGGUAAGAUCUUUGUACUGUCUAUGCUUUUCAGACUUCACUUGCUAGGUACGUUAUUGUUCUUUCGUACCGUCUAUGUUUCUCGAACUUCACUUUGUUAUUGUUGUAUUUAUUGUAAGAUGUUGCCAUACAAUGUACAGAACAUAAGCUUACAAGUAA